AUGUCCGAUUUUGCAUUAAAUCGUUUGAAAGUUGAACGUAGUGAAUGGAGGAAAAAUCAUCCAUAUGGUUUUGUUGCUAAACCAUUGAAAAAUCUAGAUGAUUCAUGGAACUACAAGGUUUGGGUAUGUCGUAUACCUGGGAUGUGUAAUAGUCUUUGGGGAAAUGGCUGGUACUAUUUGUACAUGACAUUCUCGGAUGAUUAUCCAUUUCGUCCACCAGUUUGCCGAUUUUUUCCCAAGAUUUUCCAUCCUAAUGUGUGCAGGCAUUGUGGAACUGUGCGCGCAACUUUGUUGAAUAGUCAUUGGAACCCAAGCACCAGCAUCCGGGAUAUUCUACUUGUAAUACAAUCGCUAUUAUAUGUGCCAGACCCCUUGAAUAUUGCUAAUGAUAUAGCAUAUUUUCUCUACUGUGUACGAGAUCAGAAUGACUAUCAGAGACUUGUCCAAUGCCAAGGCACGAGAAUGUCUUAA